CGCCCACCGCGCUGGCCACGCAUCCAUCGUGGCAGCACGAAAUGAUCAACGCCAGCCCCCAGCGCCAGCCGUCAACGGCGUUCCCCGACAUGGCCUUGUCGCGCAUUUACUACGUCGGCCAGCCGCUAGCCCAAUCAGGCUGCAGCAACAUGAUGCCUGUCGGCAAGGCUUCCCAUUGCCUGCGCCGCCGUCAUCGGUAGCCCGACUGCACACAGAGCGGCCACACGGCUCCAAACACCUGUUCUCCCAAGCUGCCGACGCACAUCUUUUUGCACAUGCCGAGUCAGUGCCUGGCCGUCUCCUUUCGUAACCUUCACCACCUAGCCCCAUGGCGGAACAGAGCCGGAAAUCCGUGCUUGUGCUCCAAAGCUUAGUCCAGCCAACGCCGCCCUGUUGGAAUCCCCCAGCUUCUGCUGUAUCCACUGCCUAGCCCUCGACGCGCGACACUGCCUCAAGGAAAUCAUCAGACUUGGCGCGAGUGGCCUGACCACCCGCCGACCUCCUAUCUCGCC